UGUUUCUCCUCUAGCUCUGGGAUUGUACACAGUAAAUGCAGUAUAUGGAGAUACUAUUACUAUGCCUUGUCGUCUAGAAGUACCAGAUGGUCUUAUGUUUGGAAAAUGGAAAUAUGAAAUGCCAAAUGGAUCUCCAGUAUUUAUUGCCUUCAGAUCAUCGACCAAAAAAAGUGUACAGUAUGAUGAUGUACCAGACUACAAAGACAGGUUGAGUCUCUCAGAAAACUAUACAUUAUCCAUCAAGAAUGCAAGAAUCAGUGAUGAAAAGAGAUUCGUAUGUAUGCUAGUUACAGAAGAUGAUGUUUCCGAAGAGCCAACGAUAGUCAAAGUCUUCAAACAACCCUCUCAACCAGAAAUCUUACAUCAAGCGGACUUCUUAGAAACAGAGAAGCUACAAAUGCUUGGGGAUUGCGUUGCAAGAGACAGUUAUCCUGAGGGCAAUGUUACGUGGUACAAAAACGGGAGAGUUUUGCAGCCUGUGGAAGAAGUUGUGGUCAUAAAUUUGCAAAAGAUUGUGAACAAAUCAACUGGACUCUUCACCAUGACGUCAUCUCUUCAGUACAUGCCAACAAAGGAAGAUGCAAAUGCCAAGUUUUCUUGCAUUGUGACAUAUUAUGGACCAUCUGGUCAGAAAACAAUACAAUCUGAACCAGUUGUCUUCGAUGUUCACUAUCCAACAGAGAAGGUGACUAUUCAAGUGCUGCCACAAAGUAGUACCAUUAAAGAAGGCGAUAACAUCACUCUGAAGUGCUCAGGAAAUGGCAACCCUCCUCCGCAGGAGUUCCUGUUUUACAUUCCAGGAGAAACAGAAGGUAUAAGAAGCUCAGAUACUUACGUAAUGAUAGAUGUGAGACGAAAUGCAACAGGAGAAUACAAGUGCUCUCUGACUGACAAAAGCAUGAUGGACUCUACCACCAUCACUGUACACUAUUUGGAUUUGCAGCUUACUCCUAGUGGAGAAGUCACAAAACAGAUUGGAGAGGCCCUGCCUGUGUCAUGUACGAUUUCUUCUAGUAGAAAUGCAACUGUGUUUUGGAUAAAGGACAAUACCAGAAUGCAAACAAGUCCAUCAUUUUCAAGUCUUCAGUAUCAAGAUGCUGGAAACUACAUCUGUGAAACUACUUUACAGGAGGUCGAAGGGUUAAAGAAAAGAAAGACACUUAAACUUAUUGUGGAAGGAAAACCUCAAAUCAAAAUGACAAAGAAAACCAACACAAAUAAAAUGUCUAAAACAAUUGUCUGCCAUGUGGAAGGUUUCCCCAAACCAGCAGUGCAAUGGACAGUUACUGGUAGUGGAAGCAUCAUAAAUAAAACAGAGGAGACCAAAUACGUUAAUGGAAAAUUUUCCAGUAAAAUUGUAAUUGCUCCUGAGGAAAAUGUGACUUUAACUUGCAUUGCAGAAAAUCAGCUAGAAAGGACUGUGACCUCCCUGAACGUCUCUGCUAUAAGUAUUCCAGAAUAUGAUGAGCCAGAGGAUAGAAAUGAUGACAAUAGCGAAAAGGUUAAUGACCAGGCAAAGCUAAUAGUGGGGAUUGUAGUCGGUCUUCUGCUGGCUGCUCUGGUUGCAGGUGUUGUCUACUGGCUCUAUGUGAAGAAAUCAAAGACAGCAUCAAAACAUGUAGACAAAGAUCUUGGAAAUAUAGAAGAAAACAAAAAACUAGAAGAAAAUAAUCAUAAAUCUGAAACUUAAGAGACAAAAUGUGUCAGUCAUCGUUCCAGAGAAUACAUAUAGACCAAUUGAAGCAUGAACGUGGAUUGUAUUUAAACAUAUACAAAGAAGUGACAGCUAUUCAUGGUUCAAGUAUUAAGCAGAUCAUACUACCAAGUUUUCAAAGGAUUUUAGACACAAUUAUUUCAAGCUAAAAAAUCCCCACAAACUAAUUUUGGCAACAGCCAUGAUAAUAGGUCACCAUGUUGUGUUCUGUUUGAAAUAUUUUUUGUAAAUGUCUGCACUGAAGAUUUCUUUUUGUUUGCCUUUAUGUAAAUUUUUUACGUAGCUAUUUUUAUACACUGUAAGGCUUUGUUCUGGGAGUUGCUGUUAAUCUGAUGUAUAGUGUAAUGGUUUUAUUUCAAUUGUUUUUAUGACACCCUUUGAGCAGGUACGUGUCUAAUUCUGAUUGUAAUCAGUGAAGCCUCUGCUUUGUAGCGAGUACCUAGAGCAUAAGAUUGUCUUAAAGGAAAAUGUCAAACUCCUUUUUCAUUCUUUGAAGUCACAGUAAAGAGGAAGGGAGACAGCUGUGACAAGAAUAAAUGAAAUUGUUAAUAAAGGUGAACAUUUAAAAAACCAGGCAAAGCUAAACAGCCAGAAAGGGAAUAAAGAGUUUCCACGAAGAAGUCUGGGUAUUGAGCAACGAACACAAUGAAAAAUUUCUGGCCUGCGUACAGACGGUGGCUAAUAAUCCUUUUCUUCUAGCGCAAGACACACAUUUUCUUGAUAAGUUAUCAGUCGUCUUUCAUGUUAGAAUUAGGAUGAGGAACUGGAAUUCUGGAUUAAUUUUGAUUCCUUUGUUAUCCGCUGCCUUAAAGUACUGUACCUUUUCUUCAUUUCAGAAAGAUACCAGUCAGAAUUGGAAACUUUUUUUUAAAAGUGGUCAUAUCAAAGCUGCAUUUUUUUCCCCACAAAAAUAGAAUAUAUAUAUAUAUAUUUUUUGUGUGUUUUUGUUAACUAUGCUACAGAUAUUGAAUGCACCUUGAGAUAAUUUUAGUGUUUUUAACUGGUACCUAAUUUAUCAAACAGUACAUAUAAUUGUAACAAUGAAAUGUCUAUGUAUCUUUAGUUACAUUCAAGUUUGUAACUUUAUAAACAUGUUUUAUGCUUGAGGGAAUUUUUAGAAUGGUACUGAUAAGAAAACAUUUUAGGGUAAAUGACCAACAGAAAGUUGUACUUAAGGGAGAGAAGUUUCAUCUUAUGCAGAAGGUUACUGUCUGGAAGAAUGUCACAGGCAGCUUUGAUGGAGAGGAACAGUAGGUUAAGCAGAACAUCAGGUUUCCAUUUACAAAUAUCCAGGGAAAAAGUAAGUUUUUAUAGACUGGUAAGCAAAAAUAAAUAAAUAAAUAAAUAAAUAAAUAAAUAAAAGAAAAAGAUGGACGUUAGGAAAUGUAUUUUGCCACUUUUGCAUUAUUUAGGGGGAAGAAAACACUGUUACUUGUAAAUUUGUAAAAUGUUAAAUGUCUGGGCAGUAGUGACUGAUGUCUUAAUAAAAGCUUCCUGUAGUGCAUUGGCAUGGAUUAAAUACAUAAGAUGUCCUAUAAACUCUAUGCUGUAUAAAAUAUUAGAGGGAAAUCCUGUUAUAUGCCUCUAAACUUUGAUUUGUUAUGGUUUUAUUUGGCAAAAA